GAACAAUUGAAUUUUUCUGCUGACUUGACAGUUGGGGUGCGCUUUUCAAGUAAAAUGACACUAGAAUGACCAAAGAAGACGGCACAGGUCAAGCUAUUGUAGAUGAAGUCAGUAACGACUCUCCUCAGCUUAAAGGAGAAUCCCCACCUAAAAUAUCAGAUGCUAUAAUUCUAAAACCUGCUAAAGGUAAUGUACAUUUCAAAAUACUGGUACCUUCAAUUGCUGCUGGUGCAAUCAUCGGGAAAGGAGGUGAAGCAAUAACAGAAAUCCAAAACCAAACUUCAGCGAAAGUAAAAAUGUCCAAAGCUAAUGCCUUUUAUCCCGGAACAACUGAGCGAGUUUGUUUAAUUGUUGGAACCAUCGAGAGUAUAUUACGUGUUUUUCAGUAUAUUUCCGAGAAAAUAUACGAAAAACCAGAAUCUGUACCGAAAACAGGUAGUGAAGGACGAGUACUUACUGAGAGACAUAAACAAGUCAAGAUUUUGGUCCCUAACAGCACAGCUGGAAUGAUAAUAGGAAAGGGUGGUAGCUUUAUCAAGGAGUUGAAGGAUACAACUGGGGUAUUCAUUCAAGUAUCUCAGAAGUCUAAGGAGCUUAACUUGGCUGAAAGAUGCGUUACUGUCGCAGGUGAACUCUCGCAAACACGCGAUGCUGUAGCAUUGAUUUUAAGCAAGAUUGCUGAGGAUCCCCAAUCGUCCAGCUGUCCAAAUAUAUCUUACUCCGAGAUAAUCGGACCAGUAGCAAGUGCUUAUCCCACCGGCUCACCUUAUGCUUUAGCGGUUGGCUCGCAUCCAGGAUUACCUGCAUGCGGAAUGGGUUUUGGUUCAGAUAUGCAUUUCAGAGCAGCAUCAGGCUCAAAUUCCAGCUUUUCACCUCCUCAUAUUAAUUCUCUUUCGCCUGUAAGCCCAACUACCUCGAAUCCAGCUUCUGGAUCCAUUUUCGGCGGAAGUUCCUCUCCAGCUGUUGCUGCUGCUAUGGCUGCUAUGAGUGCAGUUGCUGCCUGUUCUCCAAACGCCAAGUCAUCGUCUGCAUUAGUUCCAAAUGGUGGUCGAGCAUUGAUGGGUCGUGGUGUGGCUAGUACACAUUCAAGUAACCACCAAACUAUUACUCAUUCCCCUCAUAGCCUUUUAGGAUCUGUCGCGACACAUUAUAAUGCUAGGAUUUCGCCGACUUAUGGACCACCCAGACCUAUCUCUUCACCUAAUUCUGGUAUGGGUCUUGAGGGGAUACGUAGUGUUUUAAAAAGUGCUGGGUAUUCUGACGUAGCAACAGACGAGAUUGCUAAUGCCAUGGAUGUAUUGAGUCUAUAUGGUUUUAUUUCGAUGUCCAGCUUAACUGGAUGCAUUAAUUCUUCACCGAUGAUUAAUUCAUCUUCAAACAAUCAUUUUACUGUAAAUUCCAAUACGUUAAGUGGAUUAGGCAAAUCAUUUACGAACCUUGACUCGGGUGGUCAGCAAUCUCCAGUUUUGUCAAACAGUUUUCAUUCUAACGAUCUUUCAUUGCACAACUUUCGAAAUCUUGCAGCAGCAUCCAUACAGAAUUGUGUCCCUUCUCAACCCAGUCAGAUCUACACGCAUAGGCGAUCUUCAUUCUCUUCGUACCAACCUGUUAGUAUGAAUUCACACGCACGCGCAAAUCAUUUAACCGUUACAACGUGCAACAGUAUUAACAAUAAUAUUGAGGUCAUUCCAGUAAUUAAAGAGUUGAACGUACAGGAUUCACUUUGCGCCUCAUCUGAUCCGACGGUUUGUGGAUCGGUAGAAAGCCAUAAUUUAGAUAUAACCACAGGUUUAUAUUCUAUUACUUCAUGUGAAAGAUUAAAUCCGAAAAGUUCCACCCAGUCUCCUGUUCUGGGGAUUCGAGCUGUAUCUCCUAUAUCCAAUAUUUCAAUACCACUUAAACGGAAUGGCGUGGUCACUGAUAGUUCUGCUAAUGGUUUAAUACCUCGCCGAGUUUCGGAUGGGAGUGUAGGUGAAGAGCAUAAUAAAAAGAACGGAAUUUGUUGUAGUACAGCUUCCAUAAAUAAUGACACUAGUCGAACGAAUAGUUUAUGGAAUUUAUAACAUUUAUAGGCAUCUAACUUUGUGUGUGUAAAUGUUUCUGUGGCACUUAACCUUGAAUUUAUUACUACUUGGUUUAUACUAUACUCACUAAAAAAAUACCUCGACUCCAUUGUCUUUGUUGUCAUUGCAUCAUCACUCACUUAUCUUAAUGUAAAAUUUAACUUGCUUUUUCUCUCAACGCACAUCCUCAUCUACAUUAUGACUAUUCGGCUUUGCAAUUCAAAAAUAAUUGUGAGUAGUGCUUUUUUAUUUCGUGUUUUUAUUUUGGUUUAGAUUUUCCCGUUUUUCUUGUCUUUCCAAUUAUUAAUAUUGCUAUAUUAUUUCAACGUAUUGUUGUUCGUGUGCCUUCUACAAAGGAGAAUAAGAAUUUUAAGUCACAGAGUUGUUAUAUCUCUUUCUUUAUACAUGGAACCAUGUGUUGUGCCAUGUUUUGUCUUCAUUUUUGACGUGACGUUCAUCAUUAUUAUCGUCAUCGUUUUUUUACUACGUUUGCUCAUCCUUUAUUCUUCACAGUUAAAUAAGAUAAUAGGAAACUCGACCAUUCGUAUUUACGACAUUCACAUUCAUAUUUAAAUAAUUCCACGUAAUCAUCAUACAAAUGAAACAAACGCACCCAUUUCAUUGUGAACCCAAAGCUACCUAUAAAUGUCAUUUUUUUUCAUUUGUUGUCAGUUAUUUCAGUCAUAUUUUUAUGUCGGACCGGUCGUACCAAACGUUCGCUUGUCUUCCUUAUAGUCUUUCUCUCCGACUGACUUUAGUUAAUGUUGUGUUUGAUAUUAUUUAUUAUUACUACUAUUAUUAUGUACCUGCUUACUUCAUCUAGAAUGAUUUUUGUGAUUUAUUCUUGACUUGAGUUUCAUAGUUAUCAUCCUUUGUCACCCGUUGCACCUUUUUGCUUGGAAUUAUCCUGGAAAUGUACUAAUCUUUCAUAUUCAUCCAUAUUGCGAUUUUCCAGUGCCUCGAUACGCAAACAAACCAUAAUAUAAACACAUCCAACUUAGUUUUAUUUUAUUGCGUGUAUAAACUAAAAAUUAUUCAAAUUCAUUCAAAAUCUGCCUUCAGAACACAUCAUCUCAAAACUAAAUUCAUUUAUUGCUUUCUCAAAUAGCCUGUGAUAUUGUAUCUGUCAUUUUUCUGAGGUCUUCCGACUUCUGCAAAGCUAUGUAACUUUUUUAUGACAUGGACAAGAUUCUCUUAUUUACGACAGACGUCAACGCCACUUUCAAAGCGUUUUCAAAGUAAGUAUCAUGGAAUUCAUACGUGUUAGUUUGCAUACGUCACGAAAUCAUACAUAUUUAAAAUUUCAUGCACAUUGUUCGGUUGGAGGUUUUUUUCUAAGUACAUUGCUAUUGAUCCCCUAAUAUCAUUACUAUUUAUUCGAGAUACUUUAACGUCACCUCUGUUACCGUUUGGAUGUUACACUCAUAUUUGUUUCUUCCGUCUUAAUUUUUUCCUGUUCCUUUCUCUGUCCACCUCGUUAUUCAGUUUCAUCCCUUUACUUCACUAACCACUAGUUGUCUUAAACUUUCUAACUGUUUUUGCUUGUUUGUUAUGCUUCUGCUUGUUCGCUUUCGAAAUCUAAAACUCAAUCUAUUUUCGAAAUUAUGAUAGAUGAUUUCCAGUUUGUUUCAUCCUUUUUUUAAUUGCAUCGCCAGUUAUUCACUAUCACUUUUUUCUUCGAUUCAUUUAAGUGUCGAGUUUUGUAUGGAAUAUAUGAUAUGCAUCGCACUUCACCAUUGGCUUUUGUUUUUCUUUUGACCUCGUUUAUGAACAAGUUAAUGUAGUUGUUGUUGAUGCUCUAAAACAAAUAGUUGAGUAUUGUG